AUGACCAAUAAGGGUGCCCUUGAGGCACAGGACCGGUCACUGGAAGGUAUCAGGGAUUCUUCUAUGAGUGGUGCAACUCCAUUGCUUUCAGGAGAUUUCAGGCAAACCCUUCCUGUUAUCCCUAAAGGGAGCCGGGCUGCUGAAGUGCGCGCAUGCCUUAAGUCAUCCACGUUGUGGCUCCAGGUUAAGACCUUGAGCCUAAGCACAAACAUGCAUGCACAUUUGCUUGGUGAUAUCACGUCUGCAGCAUUUUCUGAAGAGAUUUUAGCCCUUGGAGAAGGCAAGGUCCCUAGGAAUGAUAGGGGCGACAUAACCAUCUCUGAACUGUGCAAAACCGUGAACAACCCUUCCGAUCUUUUGGAAACAGUGUUCCCCAAUCUGGAAAGUAAUUAUGCAGACAUCUAUUGGCUCAUUGAAAGAACCACCCUGGCCCCUAAAAACGUAGCUGUCAGUGCUAUCAGCGACCAGCCCAUAAGCCGAAUUCCGGGUGAAGAGCGCAUCUACAAAUCGAUUGACCGGAUCUCUGACCCCCAAGACAUUGUCAAUUACUCUAUCGAGUUUCUCAACUCAUUGGAGCCAGCAGGGCUUCCACCUCACAUUCUUAGGCUAAGGGUUGGAUGCCCAAUUAUGCUAAUCAGAAACUUUCCUUCCGCCUAA